AUGCCCAGGGCUCUUGGGAGCUGCACUGUCCAGGUGAAGCUCGAGCUCGGCCACCGCGCCCAGCUGCGCAAGAAGCCGACGACCGAGGGCUUCACGCACGACUGGAUGGUGUUUGUGCGUGGCCCGAGUUGCGAGAUCCAGCACUUCAGGGAGAAGGUGGUCUUCCGCCUGCACGACAGCUUCCCCAAGCCCAAGUGCGUGUGUAAGGAGCCCCCCUACCAGGUAGAGGAAUCAUGGUACACUGGCUUCAUCAUGCCCAUCGAGGUGUACUUAAAGAACAAGGAGGAGCCCCGGAAGGUGUGUUUCACAAACUACGACCUCUUCCUGAACCUGGAGGGGAACCCGCCCUUCAACCACCUGCGCUGCGAGAAGCUCACGUUCAACAACCCCACGCUGAAGUUCUGGUGCAAGCUACUCAUGGCCGGUGGGGUGAUGGUAAUGCCUGAAGGAGCAAAAACGCUUUCCAGGCUCAGCCCAGACUACCCCAUGUUGCCCACAAUUCCACUCUCUGCCUUCUCUGACCCCAAGAAGACCAAACCGGGCCACGGCUCCAAGGUUAGUGAGGCGGAAGGCCCUUUCUCAGGCCGCGUGUCCGAGUGUCCCGCCAUCAGUCAGUCUCCUCGGUAGGGGCCUGGGGGUGGCGGGGCCGAGCGACCCCGCAAGGACUCGGAGAGCAAGGGCGCCGCCAAGGAGGCCGAGCGGGAGCGGGAGCCGGCCCGGGGCACCAAGGAUGCGGCGCGCAAGCUGGGCGAGGGCCGGCCGGCCAAGGAGGAGAAGGCGGCGCCGCCCAAGGCCGCCUUCAAGGAGCCCAAGAUGACCCUGAAGGAGCCCAAGCUCGAGAGCCUGUCCCCCAAGGGGGGACCCCCGCCCAAGGCGUCCGGCAAGCGCCCGGCGCCCGCCGACUCGCCCAGGCCCGGCGCCAAGAAGCCCAAGAAGAGCGGCUGCAAGAGCUCGAGGGGCGGCCCCGCCGCGUCCCCCCGCACCUCGGCCUCGGCCUCCGCCUUCCCGGACAAGAAGCCCGCCAAGGACAAGGGCGGCUACAAGGGCAAGGCCGAGAGCGACCCCCGCGAGGCCAAGAAGGUCCCCGACGUGGAGGAGUCCAACUCGGAGGACGAGGCGUCCUUCAAGACCGAAUCCACCCAGUCCAACCCGUCCAGUUCCAGUUCCAGCUCCGACUCCGACCCGUCCCAGAACCACAAUCAAGAAGAAGAUGCCCCCCAAGAGAGAACGGAAGCCGUUGGGCGGCAGCUCCCAAGGAAACAGCUGAUCGGGAAUGCCCAACACCAAGGCGGGCAGCAUGCUGUCCACCCUUUAGGCAGCCACCAGCAAGCUGAAGUCUGUGACAUACCUGUCCCAACAGGCAAAAGGACCAGCAAGACGCCAACGGCCAAGCGGCUGAGGCUGGAAGCCAGAGCCCAGAACCCAUUGGGCAAGUCCACCCCACAGCCCCAGUCGGGGAAAUUGACGCCCAUCAGUGGGGACAUGCAGGUGACGGAGGACACGAUGUGCCACUACCUGACCCGAAAGCCCAUGACCACCAAAGACCUGCAGAAGAAAUUUCAGACCAAGAAGACGGGGCUGAGAAGCGAGUAG